AUGGACGUCUUGCCAGAGUCAGACACCUCGACCUUCACAGUCCCGGACCGUCUCACCAUCCAAGCCGUAGCCAAACGACGAGCGGCUUCCGGCCAACUAAUAGCAGGCGUUGCAGCACCAGCAGAUAUCGCCGCCUUCAAAGGCCGAACACAACAUAUACACAAAUCCAACGCCAAACGAUGGGAGAGCCGAAUGACUGCCGAAGCCAUGUCGCGAGGCGGCAGUAGUCUCAAGAACGCGGCAAAGUUUCUCAAGACCCCCGGCUUGAUAAGUCUAGGUGGUGGUCUACCUAGUGCCGAGUACUUCCCUAUCGAGGAGAUGAGAUUCGCCGUGCCUCGGAUGGUCGAGCAACGGAAUGGCCAUGGACAGAAUGGAGCGAAUAAUACUGGGAAAUAUGAUAUGGUAUCCGGAACAUCCGACUACGACAUCGCCACCGCACUGCAAUAUGGUCAAGGACACGGCGCUGCACAGCUUCUACGAUGGAUCGUCGAGCAUACGGAGGUUGUGCACGAUCCGCCAUAUCAGGAUUGGAGCUGUACGAUGACGAUCGGAUCAACGUCGGCUUUUGAGAUGCUACUUCGGAUGUUUGCGAAGCCUGGAGACUGGGUGCUGAGCGAGGAGUAUACUUUUCCCGCCGCUGUGGAAGCGGCACUUCCGAUGGGUGUGCGGGUGGCGGCGGUCAAGAUGGACGAAGGUGGUAUGCUGGCUUCGUCGCUCGACGAGGUACUCGCAAACUGGGACGAAACGGCUAGAAGAGGACCAAAGCCUUUCCUGCUGUAUACAGUCCCUACUGGUCAGAACCCUACGGGUUCAACGCAGAGUCUGGCCAGAAGACGAGAAAUCUAUGCCGUAGCGCAGAAGCACGAUCUUUUGAUCCUCGAAGACGAACCCUACUACUUCCUACAAAUGCAACCCUACACCGGCCCCUCGACCCCCGACCCACCAGCCCCCAAAUCCCACCAAGAAUUCCUGACAAGCCUAGUGCCCUCCUACCUCUCCCUCGACACAGACGGAAGGGUAGUCCGCCUCGACUCUUUCUCCAAAGUUAUCGCCCCGGGAACACGCGUAGGCUGGAUCACCGCGCCCGAAGAAAUCUGCAAACGCUACCACAUCCACUCGGACCUCUCCACGCAAAGUCCCAGUGGCGCGAGCCAACUGCUUCUCUUCAAACUACUAGAAGAAGGGUGGGGUCACGGCGGGUACCUCGACUGGCUGGUCCGUAUUCGAAUGGCGUAUACAGCUCGUCGGAACGUGAUCCUCGAAGCUUGCGAGGAGUUCUUACCAAAAGAGAUCGUGUCGUGGACGCCUCCGCAGGCAGGGAUGUUUAUGUGGUUGAAGGUGGAUUGGAAAGAACAUCCGAAGUUUCCCGGGAUCGAGCCAGAAGAGGUGGAGGAGGCGUUGUUUCAGGCGAAUAUUCGGCGGGGAACCCUGUUGAUGAAGGGGAGUUGGUUUGUGGGGGAGAAGGGGUUGAAGGCGGAAGAGAUGUUUUUUAGGGCUACGUAUGCUGCGGCACCGAGUGAAGGGAUUAGGGAGGCGGUUAGGAGGUUUGGGGAGGCUGUUAGGGAGGUCUUUGGGGUGGGGAUGGGGGAGGUGAAUGUGAAGGAGAUGUGA